AUGCACUUGCCAUCACUGCUGAGCGUCGGUCUCGUCCUAGUGGCCACCGUUUCCUCCGAUCGUACCGAGCUGCUGCCGGCCAAUUAUUCCACCCAAUCGCUUUCCCGGCAAGAGCGAAAGGUGCUGCUCUUUCCCAUCCUAACAACACUGCAGGCAAAGUAUCCCGCCCGCAGGCUCGGCAUCAAUCUGGGCUUUCAGCAAAACUUUAACCUCCCGUUCCGGUUGCUUGAGUUCUACAAACCGCCCACCUGGGCGCGGGCGAUCGCCGGCAUCAUACGGGGCCAGUUCCCGUCCACCUCGGUCGUGACCGCGCGCAGCUGGAAGCGCUCCACCGACCAUCAGUCGCUGAUGCUCAGCGCCGGCCAGCUGUACCGGUACGUGGAAGACUUGCUGCACGUGUUCGGGUACGGGCGGGACUGUCUGCUGAAAAGUGUGUGCGAGCUGGCGCACAGCCCGUUCGAUCGCACCGACCCAUCGGAGCAGGAUGUGAUGACCGAGGUCGUCCAUUUGCUGUUGAGCCCGUCCGUGCACGAAUCGUUCGGCGAGGACGAGCUGGAGCAGAAGCGUGCGUACGAGAUGGCGGAACGGCUCGGUGCGAGCGGGGCCAACUGUGAUCUGAUCUACGACCGGUGCCAGCGGUCCGUGUUGAGUGACUUUUCCAAUCUAGUGGGCGAUGAUCGUAGCUGAUUUUGGUU